AUUGUUACAAUUCAGAGGAGGGAACAUCCUCUAAAUACACUUAUAAUAUUACCUUGAUACUCCCUCCCACAGUAGCCUCGACCAAUUAGAAAACAAUAUCGGACUUGUCUUGUGUGAGUGACUGAAGGUGUUCUUUGGCAUCUAGAGCUGAUGGAAUGUUCAGCAUGUAUAAGUAAAGUCUAAGAGGAAGCAGUAGACUAGAAGGACCUGGCAGAGACAGAGAAAGAAGCUUUCACAGGUUUUCACACAGAUCAAGAUAUCACUGUGGAAUGUUCUCAAUCCUGUUUGUCGGAGUGUUCUUGGACAGCUGCUUGGCAAUGCCCAUAAAAGAACAGUACUCGUAUUCCUCUGCGGUGGGUCUGGGCAGUGGCACCCCAUUUGCUUCCUCCGGUGAGGGACGCAUCACAGCGGUCAGAGUAUGGGAGAACAACAACGCCUACAUCAACGGGUUCCAGCUGAGAUAUGACUACACCUGGUCUUCAGUGUUUGGUCACAAAGUGGGUGAAAAACAAGAGAUGGAGCUGUUGGAUGAUGAGGCCAUCGUCCAGGUGUCUGGGAAGUACAACCCAGGAGACUACAUCUACUACCUGGUGUUCACCACCAACAGGGGGCGCUCUCUGUCAGCCGGCCAGCCCUCCCAUAUCUCUUUCAAUUUCUACCCAACCCACAUAGGCAGUGAGCUGAGGCUGCUCAGGGGCCACUCCGAUGGUGCCGGCAUCACCUCAAUCAGAGCUCGAUGGGGAUUGAUGUAAAUGGAAGAAGCUGGAAACAGUACCUCUUAAUUUAAUAAAAAUGCAUGUCUUGCUCUUUGGGAUGGUUUCCCGGAUACAGAUGAAGCCUAGUCCUGUUCUAGUUACUUUUAAUGGAGAUUCUCAAUUGAGCAUGCUUUUUAGUCAAGGAGUAAACAUAACAUGGGUCCAGGAAACUGACCAUUUAUGUUUUGGCCAGAUGUUUAACAUUGAUACAGACAGGAUCGUUUCGGUAUAUGAAAUAAAUUAAUUGAACCUUUUAAA